AAGCACAUGACCAUACGGGUGAUUGGCCGCAGAGUGACAGGAUGAAACGACAAAUAUCAAUGAGGCAUUGUUUUUACCAAUUCUCACAUUUCUUUAUCUUUCGAGGCGAAACCGUGCCAUUCGUAAUCAGGAGCGGAGGCGGAGACGGAGAGGAAGGCGAAACACUCAAUCUCGUCGCCGUGAAGUGAUGCUCCGUCAAUCCGGCUGGCGAUAAGAUGGUGGGAUGGGAUGAUUUGGUGAUGAUAGCCGGCAAAAGCCCGGCAGAACCGCGACAAUGACACAGUGACCUCAACUUGAUGACAAUUCAAGCUGGACAGCGGCAGUAGCAGAAAUCCAAACAUUGCAAAUUGAUGCUGUGCCCAAUCCGUGGCAAGGCUAUGGCAUGAUGCGCCGUCUACAGCUAUCGCUUUUGGCUGCCUUGCCGCUGUGCAGGGCCAAAUCUCGGGCCUUUAGCAUCCACGAGGACCUACUGGCCUAUCCGCAGUUCGAGGUCGUCUUCUCCGACCACUUCAUCUCGGAACAGGAUGCGCAAUCGCUACUCGAAUACAACAUUGAGCAUCCGACGUACUCGGCCGAGUUCUCGCAGCCCACAAUCAGCGAUGCCAGCGGCAGCCAAGGCCAUCAAGAUGGGCGAUAUCGUGGCGGCUUGCCUCUCACAUACGAGGUCAUGAACAUGCCGCCGCAUCGCUACCUCUGCGCCAUUCCCAUCAUCGAACCCCCGUCCCCCGAGAACCAAACCGCGACCGAGCUGGCCAAGGCAGAGGAGGAACGUGAACUUGAUCGAGCGGCGAUUAGCGGCUGGAACCUUCUCAGCCAGCUCGAAGACACGUGCCUCUACUUCAUGUCCGGAUGGUGGAGCUAUAGGUUCUGCAACAAUCGCGAGAUUGUGCAGUUCCACGCUCUCCCUUCGACUCCCAUGGGGAAGCCUCCCCAGCGCGACCCCCAUGCGGCUCAGUACAUCUUGGGUCAGGCUUCUCUCCCCGAUGGCUCCGACAUGGAUGCGGAAUCUAGCUCCAGUGAAACCAAGUCGCCGGCCGAGCUACAAGUUAAAGGCGAUCAACGAUAUCUGGUGCAGAAACUCGAAGGAGGAACUAUAUGCGAUCUGACAGGGAGACCGCGCACAAUUGAGGUGCAGUACCAUUGUGUUCCAGGGAUGCAAAACGACAAGAUUGGGUGGAUCAAGGAGGUCACGAUAUGCGCCUAUGUCAUGGUGGUCAACACUCCACGGCUAUGCGGCGAUGUUGCCUUUUUGCCUCCUGAGGAGAGCAAGGCGGAUGCCAUUACGUGCCAGCUUAUUACCGACGAUGAGAAACAGGCUCCUCCGCUUCUUGAUCAGCAAGCAUCCAAGUAUUUGCAGGAGGAUGAACUGAUAGAGCAAGAAGAGGAAUUGCUAGCGACUGAUGGCGGCCAACUUAAAGUUGGCGGCGUGCUCGUUGGCGGACGCAAGUCCCUCUCUGCUGGCGAUCAGGAUGGCCAGCCUCCAAUGGUACUGGCGCCCCCUCGAAACUACAUCAACACUCAGCAAGCCGCGGAGCAGCUCAUCGAGGUGCUCAUCAAGGCUGCCAGCAAGCAGGACGGCGGCCAAGUCGACCGGCUUAGCAAGGAGAAACUCGAGAAGCUGAAUCUCAGUCCCGACAUGGUCGAUCAGUGGGAGCAGGAGAUGAUGGAGCGAGCAGGUGAUAAGGGGUGGCAGCUGGAGAUUGUGGGCGACGUCGACGAUGCGCAGAGACAUCUCCGAGGAUGGAUGCAUGAGGAUGAAGAGGGUGACGACGGGAGCUUGGCGGACGCGGCCAAGGGAGCCAAAGAAAAGGGCAAUGGCAAGACCGAGACCACCAAGGCGGCGGAGAAGAAGAAGAAGAAGAGCGGCGGGAAGAAGGAUGACGAAGGGAGCGAAGAGCAGUUCUUCAAGGAGGAGCUAUAGGCGGCUUCUGAGAGGAUGAGAAAAGCGCGAGAGACGGCAACCAUCAUUGUUAUGGUUGUUGUUAUGGAUGUUGUUCGUCUGGCGUUACAUUGGUUCUUUUUGCAGCAUCAUCAUUGAUGCUGAGCGCAGCAUUGCAUUAUGACAAAGCGUAGAAUGACGAGACGAUUUCUACUAUUACUGCUCCAUGUCUGGAGUAUGAUUGGCAUUUGGGGUUUACGGAAUAAAGAACAAACGCCAGUCGUUUUUUCGCCAUGACUUUGACGUCUGCAAGGGAACGGGAAGAGAAGGGGCUCCCUAGUUUACC